AUGCAACAAGCUCGUAGAAAACGCAGGGUUACUUUUGCUUCUUCUCCGACGACGUCGGGCCAUGGCUCCGGCGCUGCGCCGCCGGAGAAUCGGGGGGCUCAUGGAGGCGAUGUGCCAAUGGAGGAGAGCUCUGGGACCUCAGUGCCAAUGGAGGAGAGCUCUAGGACCUCAGAUAAGAAGCAGCAGAAGGAGAAUAAGCAGCGGCCGCAGCGGCAGGUGGUGAUCGAGCCGAAAUAUCUCUAUAAGUUGGACGGAUCUCCGGCGGAAUAUCAAACAAAGUUCGAGAAGCUCCAUCCGAUAUCGCAGCAGCUGGUGCUUGAGAUCCAGAAACGAAUUAGGGAAUACAAGGAUGAAAGUCGAAGCUUAGAUGAAUUCAGCUGUCUUUAUGAUUCAUUGGGUUCAGGCCGUUGCUUUGAGGAUGAUGCUCGUUACUUCAACCAGCAAAUCAGAGGGCUGUGUAUUGCUCACCAAAAGGAACAUAUUCUUGCGGAAGAACUCAGGGAUGUUUCUAUGAAAAUUCUGCGGGCCACAGAUGAUGCUGUCCGUUCGUAUACAGAGCUUAGAAAUAAAUUCCAUUUGCCCAGUUCCAUCAGAGCUUCAAGUGUACAUACUUCAACCCAGAUGGCUGGGUUGGCCGGAAUUUAUAGUGCUGCCGAUCAGCCAUCCAUGCCUUUCCCCGCAGCUUCUGGUUUCCCCUUCAUGAUUGCGAGACCGUCUUCAUUCAUGCUGAAAACACUGGCCAGGUUUGAUCAAUAUCUCACUAAAAUUAGUCAGCAGAUUGUAGAACUGGAACAACUUGUUCAGCCAACCAGUGAAUUUUCAAGCUCAAGCGUGUCAUCGUUACAAUCAAUACCACGCAUUAUGUCAAAUGUGCAUGAUUUCUUCAUCCAUGUUGCUGCCAAGGUGGAGAAACUUCAUCAGCAUUUGAAUGAAAUGAAUGACUACCGUGCUACUGGUGCCGUCUUGAGGCGAUGAAAAUGAACCAGUUCACCAUGGAUGAUUACUGACAAGCUGCUUCAAGAACUCUUAACUAACUUCACAUUUUUUGGAAAAGCUGCAAAUACUUGGGUAUAAUCAUACACUCUAAGCUGUAGUAGUGUGUGUGUGUGUGUGUGUGUGUGUGUGUGUGUGUGUGUUUUACUCUAGUUCUUGGACUCAUAUACUGACAACUACAUCUGAAAACACUUGAAUUGGUCUAUGUAAAUAUACAUGUAAUCCAUCACUAGAACUUUUUUGAAGCCCAGUGAUAAUAAAAAUUCAUUGAUUUGUAUCUUAGAGAAAUCACUCAGCAGUAAAACAUUUGACUAAG